AAAAAAAAAAAAAGAAAAUUUCCUGUUUAUUUUAAUUUUAUAAUUAUGAUAACUAAACUUCAAAAUUUGAAUAUUCGUUGGUUUAGUCAAGUAAAGUUAAACCGUUCCUUUAUACAAAUUCGUCCCAAUACUACUCAAUCCACACAAACAACUUCUCCUGAAUCAAUUCAAUUUUUACCUACAUUAUCAUCAUCACAUCUUAUACCCUUUCCAUCUUCCUCUUCCUCUUCUAACUCCCCUUCAACAGUAACGACAACAACAUCAUCAUCAUCAUCACCCCCAAUAAAAUCAAUCGGACAAUAUCGAGCAUAUUCUCCACAACAUUUUUAUAAUAAUCGAGUUCUUGAAAAAUAUGCUUAUCAAUCAGUAAAUACUGUUACAUUAAGACAACUUAUUGUAUUCGGUCGUAAUAUUACAAAAGAUAGGUUAAUAAAAAGUGCUAAUUAUGUUAGAUCAGAAUUACCUAUUAGAUUGGCUCAUAGAAUAAGAGAUUUUCAAAGUUUACCUUUCAUAAUAGGUACAAAUCCACAUAUUGCUAUGGUAUAUGAAUUAUAUUGGUUAGCAUUUGAAAAAUUAAGAAAAAUUCCUUUAAUAAAAGAUAUGGAUGAAAAUGAUGAAUUUUGUAAUACUCUUAAAGGUUUAUUAAAAGAACAUUUAGUUGUUAUUCCUCAAUUAUCUAUGGGAAUAUCAGAAUGUUCUAAUCAUUUACCUCCUGAUCAACUUGAUAAAUUUAUGAGUAUUAUGUUAAGAUCAAGAAUUUCUAGAAGAGUUUUAGCAGAACAACAAAUUACUCUUACCGAAAAUUGGAAUGAUCAUGGUUAUAUUUAUGGUGCUGAUGGUAUUGGUGAUAAUAUAAAUAUUGGAAUUGUUUCAACUCAAUGUAAUUCUAAUGAUAUUGUUGAAAAAUGUGCUCAUAUGACAAGAAAUUUAUGUAGAGUAAUAUAUAAAGUUGAACCUCCUGAAGUAAUUGUGAAUAAUCAAGUUGAUACUACUUUUGCUUAUAUACCUGAUCAUAUAGAAUAUAUUCUUUAUGAAUUAUUACAUAAUUCUAUACGUAGUGUUAUUGAAAAUCAUUCUCCUUCUUUAAAAGAUACUUCUAUUUCAAAUGAAAUUUUACAACAAUUACUUCAAGAUCAAAAUUCUCCAAAAUCUCCAAAAUCUCUUAAUUUUAACUCUUUAUUAAAUAAUAAAAAUUUUUCUUCAUCAUCAUCUCAGUAUCCUCCAAUUUUAGUAACAAUUUGUUCAAGUCCUACAGAUAUAUAUUUUAGAAUAUCAGAUCAAGGUGGUGGAAUUUCUGAUGAUAUUUAUUCUAAUAUAUGGUCAUUUGCUUCUUCAACUAGUUCAAAUAAAAAAUUUAAAAAUUUUAUUCAAGUACCUCAGAUGGCAGCUACUGUACAAGAAUAUGAACAAUUAAUUAUUUCUCCUACUUUAAAUUUAGGAAUAGGUUUACCUAUGAGUAAAGUUUAUGUUGAAUAUUGGGGUGGUGGUAUAAAUUUAUUUACAAUGGAUGGUUAUGGUACUGACGCUUAUGUUAAAAUAUCUCGACUUGGUAACAAAGAAGAAAACUUAGAAUAAAUAAAUAAUACUUAUUUAUAAGUACUAUAAAAUAUAUUACUACUAAUAUGAACAAAGUACAAAAAAAACAAUUUAUUUAUUAUAGUUAAU